AAAAUAUAAGUCAAAAGCACGAAAAAUUUUUGAUUAUCUUAUUGAAAAUUCAAAUAUAAAGCAUUAUGAAGUGAUAAUUGGAAAGUUUUAUAGAAAAGGGUUUGGAAUUGAUAGAAAUGAUAUAAUAGCAUUCCAAUGGUUUAUGAAAGCGAAUCAAAAGAAUGAUAUGUGUGGUCAUUAUGAAGUUGGACAUUGCUAUUAUAGUGGAAAUGGUGUUACAGAAAGUAACGAAAAUGCGUUUAGAUAUUAUAAAUUUGCUGCUAAUAAAGGAUUAAAUAUAGCUGUGGAUUUUCUUGCAACUUGUUAUGAAUAUGGUUAUGGUACACAACAGGAUAGCAUUAAGGCAUUUGAAUUAUAUAAAAUAGCUGCUAAAAAUGGAUUUAUACCAUCACAAUAUGAAUUAGGUAGGUGCUUUAAUUCUGGUAAAGGUGUUCAAAAAAGUUUGAAAAAAGCCUUAAAAUGGUAUAAGUUGUAUCAAAAAAAUAAUGGAAUUAGUGAUGUAUCGUCCAAGAUUGAGGAAAUUGAAAAAGAAUUGGAACGAGGUUGGUUUAGAAGAGCUUUAAAAAAACCAUCAUCUGAUUCGAUUUUCAAUUUAUAAAAUACAUAAAAUUAUAAUUUUCUGAAUUUUAUCAUUAAAUACUAUAUAUCUAAUAUAUUAAUUUAAUUUCUAGUACUAAUUUAUAAUUUGUCAAACAUUUUUUUUUUUUUAAAAAAAAAUAAAAAAGUAUAAUUUCAGCGUC